UUUUUAAUUUAUUUUUAUAUAAUUUGAAGUGAUGAGCAGAAUAAAUUACGCAUUAAUUAUAUUAAAUUAGCAAUUUGACUUUGAUCGCCUUUUUUGCUAACCAUCUUGUAUAUACCACGUGUGCACAAUAUAAUUUUGAAUUUUUAAGAUUGCUGUCAGUUUUUUUUAUUGUUGGCCUAAGUAUUUUGUUCUUCGGUAUGUUGUCUGCUUAAUCCCUUGUAUUACAGUAUACAGUCUUGAAAAAGGAUUCUUAUUUUAAAAAGCAAUGAUGAUUCAUAGUAAAAAGCUUAGUGGCGCAGAAAACCGAAAACGAACCCAUGCAAAAAAUGAAGCUCAAGCAAAAAUACUUUUAAAGACUGCUAAGUUAGAAACAUAUUUUAGCUUUACAGAUAAACAGCUUCACACAUCGCCGGUUGAAAAUGUAAAUAAUACAAGCGAUGAAAAUGAUCACAGCUUUAUUGUUAAUGAGAAUAACCUAUCAAAUCCAGACGAUUUAAUAUUAAUAUUAUCAAGUAAGAGCUGUACUGAAACUAGUAAAACUCUAUUGACUCCAGAAUCCAAAGAACUAAAUGAAACACCCUGUUUGUCCAUGCAUGAACAUAACAAGCCCGAAUGUUUAUUAAACCAAAAUGAUCACAGAUUCACUGUUAAUAAAGAUAAUCUAACAAAUCCAGACAAUCUUAUAUUACUAAAUAACAGCAGCACAGAAACGAGUAAAACUCUAUUGUCUACAGAAUCGGAAGAAAUAAAUGAUACACCACGUUUGCCAAUGGUUGAACAUAACAGUCUUCCUAAACAAAGUAUUGUUCCUGAAAAUGAUCCUGCCAAUUGGAUAAAAAAUCAAGAAACGAUAGAUUAUUUAUCAAUCAAUGGAUUUAACCAAAAUUUAGAGAACAAUAAUUUCCAAAAGUCAAAAAGAAUUUACACUCAAAUAAUUGGUGGGGUAAGACGUACUCGUUUUCGAUAUAUGUCAAAAAGUAUAUUUAUAUCUACUCUUGUUAAUGGUGAAAAAAUUAACCGAACAUUUUUGAUUUACUCAGAAAGUAAAGGAUCAAUAUUUUGUGCUCCCUGCUAUUUAUUUGGUGGCACUACAUCGUUUGCCACAGUUGGUUUUUCAGAUUGGAAAAAAGGAGAAGAAAAAAUCAAGCGUCAUGAAAAUUCACAACACCACAAAUUGUGUGUAAUGAAUAUGAAAGAAAGAAAAGAAGUAUUAAAUCGAGUUGAUCAAAAGCUAAAGUAUCAAGUAGAAACAGAAAUAAAUUAUUGGAAAAAUGUAUUGACAAGAGUUGUAGCUGUUGUGAAAUCCCUUUCUUCUCGUGGAAUGUCUUUUAGAGGUGAUGAUGACCGUUUUGGAUCUGUUCAUAAUGGGAACUUUAUGAUGAGCUUAGAGCUUAUUGCUCAGUUUGAUCCUUUUUUAGCACAACACAUUGAGAAGUUUGGAAAUAAAGGAAAAGGUUCAACAUCAUACCUAUCAUUUAAUAUAUAUGAGCAGUUCAUAAGUAUAAUGGCAGAUAAUGUUAUUCAACAAAUGGUGAAAGAAAUAAAGGAAGCUAAAUACUUUUCCAUCAGUAUUGAUUCUACUCCUGACAUUAGCCAUGUAGAUCAACUGUCAUUCAUUUUUCGGUAUGUUCAAAAGAAUGGCUGUCCGGUAGAAAGAUUUUUAGGGUUUUUACCUAAUUCUGGUCAUAAAUCUGAAGAAUUAGCAGAUGCUGUAUUUUUAGUUUUAGAAUCGCAUGGAUUAGAUAUUAAUAAUUGUCGUGGUCAAAGUUACGACAAUGCGUCUAAUAUGUCUGGUAGAUACACAGGACUUCAAGCUCGCAUUAAAAAAGUUAAUCCUUUAGCAACAUUUGUACCAUGCUCGGCACACUCUUUAAAUCUUGUUGGUGAGUGCGCUGUGGACUGUUGUAUUUAUGCUUCUGAAUUUUUUAUUCUGCUUCAAAAUAUUUAUAAAUUUUUCAGUGCCUCUACUUAUAGAUGGGAAAUACUUCAGAAGAAUUUGAUUAAAACAGAAAAUGUAUCUCUUAAAAAACUAUCAGAUACCAGAUGGUCAGCAAGAUCUGAUGCAAGUAUUAGUUUAAACAAAAAUUGGAUUGAAAUAAUUAAUGCACUGUCUUUUAUCAAAGAUGAUAAAACAGAAAAAUCUAUUACAAGAUCAGAAGCUAACGGGCUAUAUUUAAAACUGGAUAGUCUUGAAACAGCUAUAAUGGCCACAUUAUGGGGCGAUAUACUAGAGAGAUUCAACAAAACUAGCAAACAAUUGCAGUCAGUUGAGAUUGAUUUAGAAACAGUUGUAAGUUUAUACGAAUCUUUAAUUCGAUAUGUAUUAGAUUUAAGGAGUAUGUUUGAUAUCUAUGAAGAGAGAGCAAUAAAUAAGUCAGGACACAAAACAUAUCGAAAAAUACGCAAAAGAAAAAGAAAACUAACUGCAGAUGAAAAAAGAGAAGAAGAAACAAAUUUUGAAAUUCGAGACUCUUUAAGAAUUAAUACAUAUUAUGCUAUAAUUGAUAAACUUCAUUCUGAACUAGAAAGAAGAAAAUUGUGCUAUGAUGAAGCCAAUAAAAAAUUUAACUUUUUAUUUCAAAUAAUAAAACUUUCGCCAUCAGAAGUUUACAAAAAAGCAGAGGUACUUCAAAAUGUAUAUAAAAAUGAUCUUUCGUCUUCAUUUGCUAACGAGUGUAUACAAUUCAGAAGUUAUUUAAUGAGUUUAACUGAAAACUUAAGACCUAAAACUAUAAUAGAUGUUUAUAAAAUGAUCAGAACUGAAAAACUUCAAGAGCUGUUUCCUUAUGUAGAUAUAGCAUUAAGAAUAUAUCUAUGCUGCCCAACGUCCAAUUGUUCAGCCGAGAGAUCGUUUUCAGCAUUAAAGAGGGUUAAAUCUUAUUUGAGGUCGCGAAUGACAAGUGAUCGUCUUAAUAGGUUAGCAAUUCUAUCUAUAGAAUCUGUACUUACCAUAGAUAUGAACUUUAAUGACAUUAUAAAUACAUUUGCAAAACAAAACUCACAUAGAAAAUUAUAAUUUUCUAUAGUGAUUAAUAUAACUUAAUAU